AUCGUAUAUCUAUUAUUUGCCAGAAAAUGGAGUCAAAAUGCCAUCGCUUAGUAGCAGGCCGUGUAGAAGAUGCGAACGACCAGUCACAUGAUUUAAUUUACCAUGGUAUUGUUGAUGAUACACCUUUGUUGCCUUCAACUUCAGUACAGGAGGCUGUGACUGAGAGAGUGGAGCCAGUUGCAUAUGGAAAGACAUCUUUUGGAUUAUCAGUGUUCAAUCUGAUGAAUGCUAUACUAGGGAGUGGGAUCUUAGGCUUACCCUUUGCAAUGGCACAGUCUGGCAUUAUCCUCUUUAGUUUGAUGCUGUUGGUUGUUGCCAUGAUGGCAAACUACACAAUUCAUCUCCUCUUGAAGAUGUGUGACAUCACAGGCCAUAGGUCAUAUGAAGACAUAGGAAACAGUGCAAUGGGUGUACCGGGAAAGCUAAUGGCAGCGUGUGCUAUACUCCUUCAGAAUAUAGGUGCUAUGUCAAGCUAUCUAUUUAUUGUAAAAAAUGAGAUGCCAGCAGUUCUCAAGACAUUUCUACAUGAAGAUCAGUCUGCAAACAGUGAGUGGUAUGUAAACGGAGACUACUUGGUUCUCCUUCUCGUCUUCUUCAUCAUCCUCCCCUUGGCUUGCCUUCCUAAGAUUGGUUUCCUUGGCUACACCAGUGCUUUCUCCAUCCUCUGUAUGGUCUUCUUUACAGUGGGGAUUGUUUACAAGAAAUUUGGGUUUCCAUGCCCGAUUCCAAUCACACCAGGGCCCAAUGGCUCAUUAGAGAAUACCCUUGAAGACUACAUGUACUACUCUCCUAAAGAUAACCAGUCUGAUCAAUGCAAGGCUGAGCUCUUCUCUAUCACCUUGCAGACGGCAUACACAAUACCUACCAUGGCAUUUUCCUUUGUGUGCCACACAGCAGUACUUCCAAUAUAUGCAGAGUUAUCAAGGCCAACAAAACGCAGAAUGCAGAAUGUAACCAUCACAUCCAUUGGUGUUUGUUACACCUUGUAUAUGAUCGCAUCGCUCUUUGGAUACCUCACAUUCUAUGAGGGCAUCAACAGUGAGAUUCUACAUGGCUAUAGUUUAUACCAAGAAGAUGACCUUCUACUACUGAUCAUCAGAAUAGCUGUUCUUACUGCAAUUGUCUUUACAGUCCCUAUCAUACAUUAUCCAGCUCGUCUAGCAUUUAUGAUGAUAGCUGGAACUGUCUUCCCUUUGUUAGCUAGCCGGACGUCAUGGAAACUUUACUUCCUGACAACCUUUAUCCUCAUCUCCGUAGUCACAACAUUUGCAAUCUGCAUUCCAAACAUCAUGGAAAUAUUUGGUGUAAUAGGUGCUACUGCAUCUACCAGCUUGGUUCUCUUCCUUCCAUCUCUCUUCUACCUUAAACUUGGCCGAGAAGAGCUUUCAUCGCCAUCUAAAAUUAUGGCCAUUAUCCUCCUUGUGGUGAGUGUUGCUCUGCUCAUUCUCAGUCUCACCACCAUCAUCUAUGGUAUCGUAACCAAGGAUACCCUAACAUGAUGCGGUAUCUCCAUCUCUGCUCAUUCUCAGUCUCACCACCAUCAUCUAUGGUAUCAUAACCAAGGAUACCCUAACAUGAUGCGGUAUCUCCAUCUCUGCUCAUUCUCAGUCUCACCACCAUCAUCUAUGGUAUCGUAACCAAGGAUACCCUGACAUGAUGCCGUAUCUCCAUCUCGUUCAAUACCAAGGAGUCAAAGGUGUUGUGGUCAAGUCCCCAGAAUGUGAAUCACAAGGUACAGGGUUCAAUACCCUGCCAUAGCACCAUCGUCCUUUGGCAAGACAUUGGUGUACAUUUUGCCACUUUCCCCCUGGGAAGGUAGAUAGGUACCUGGUAGGAAGAAAUUCCUUGAAUAUUUCAUUGCCUAAUCAUGUAAGCUCAGCUAAAUCUGAGAUGAUUAUAUGAUACUUUGCAUAACGGAAGAGAAUACUUGUAUUAUGCAAGGUGAAUGAAUCUACUCUUACUAUUUUAUUUUUAAGGAGUGCAAUACCUGGAUAAUUUAUUAAUUUACAGGGUAGCAUUGUCAGUUACAAAAGUGCUUUCU